CAUAGAUAUAAUUGGAUUGAAUUUAAAUCUAUAAUUAUAUUUAAUUUAACUUUUAUUUUACAAAUUUUAAACCCAAUUCUUUCAAAAAAAAUUACCCGAGUAUACUGGAUAUAAUGAGUAUCUCCUAAUGGGGUUUAAACCUGACUACCCUUCAGACUCUGCUCUCAUAUACAAGCUUGCACGUUGUCAGGAUUUUGAAGCGGUUGAGGAAGUUCUUGGUUAUGUGCAAGAUAAUACUGUUCAUUGUCAAGAAACCCUUUUCAUUGCUUUGUUUCAACAUUAUGGGAAAGCCCAUCUGGUUGAUAAGGCUGUUGAGCUUUUUCAUAGAAUGACUUCCUUUAACCGUGUCCGUACGCGUCAGUCUUUGAAUAGUCUACUUAAUGUUCAUGUUGAUAAUGAUCGGUUUCUUGUGGCCAAUGAAUUGUUUGAUAAGGCUUGUAAAUUGGGGUUUCUUAAUUCGGUCGCCUUUAAUGUAAUGAUCAGAGGGCAGUUUGAGAAGGGUGAGUGGAAGCAAGCUUGCAAGGUGUUUGAAGAAAUGCUUGAGACGAAAGUGGAACCCAGUGUUGCGACGUUUAAUAGUCUUAUUGGGUAUUUGUGUGGAAAUGGGGAGUUGGAUAAGGCAUUGUUAGAGGAUAUGAUUAAGAGAGGGAAACGUCCAAAUGCGGUAACAUAUGCUUUGUUAAUGGAAGGCUUGUGCUUGAUAGGCGAGCAUGAUGAGGCUAAAAAGAUGAUGUUUGAUAUGGAAUACAGAGGGUGUAAACCUGCAGUUGUGAAUUUUGGUGUUUUGAUGUCCGAUCUUGUGAAGGGAGGGAAGAUUGAGGAAGCAAAAUCUUUGGUUCAUGAAAUGAAGAAGAGGCAUUUAAAGAAGGAUGUUGUUACUUACAAUAUAUUGAUCAAUUAUCUUUGCAAGGAGGGCAGGGCAGCAGAGGCCUAUAAAGUUUUGUUUGAAAUGCAAGUUAUGUAACCUGAUACUACAGUCAAUAAAUUGUUAUUUUCCUUCCCCA